GGGCGCGGACGUGGCGCCCGCGGGGCCCUAGGAGGCUCGCGCGGGGCCUCGGCGCUGAGCUCGCGCGGCCCGGAGCACUGGUCCCGCCGAGUGGGCGGCGAUGAGCGCCGAGGGACCCUUCCCCCCGGCUGCCCCCCGCGGGCGCCCCGACCGCCUGCUAGUGCCCGCGAGGACUAAAACCGGGACUGCCCUGUUGCACGACGAAGGGUCUGGACACGCCUAUGACAUCCGCCUGAAGCUAACGAAAGAGGUACUGACAAUUCAAAAACAAGAUGUCAUCUGUGUUAGUGGCAGCAAUCACAGUGCAAAUCACAGAACUGUUACGCUUCGCAGACAGCGCGUGGGAGGCUUGGGCCUGAGCGUAAAGGGCGGCGUGGAACACGGAGUCCCGGUCGUCAUAUCAAAGAUAUUCAAAGACCACGCAGCCCACCAGACAGGGAUGUUAUUCGUAGGGGACGCCCUCCUCCAGGUUAAUGGCAUUAAUGUAGAAAAUGCAACCCACGAAGAAGUGGUGCAUCUUUUGAGAAAUGCUGGCGAUGAAGUGACCGUCACUGUCGAGUAUCUCAGGGAAGCACCAUCAUUUCUGAAGCUCCCAUUAGGGUCCCCAGGACCGUCCAGCGAGCCCGGCAGCGGGACCUCGUCACCCCUCUUUGACAGCGGUUUGCAUCUGAACGGAAACUCCAGCAACACGGCUCCGUCUUCGCCUUCUUCGCCCGUCGCUCAUGAACCAAAAUAUGAGAAGCGCUGGCUGGACGCCGUGUCACUCCCUCUGUCCAUGGCUCGGGUCUCACGGUGCAGAGCUGGAGCAGAAAAAGUAAGGUCCAGUGCAUUUGAGGUGCAGGCCCUGGAUGGGGCGAGCUCGGGAAUCCUUUGGUUUUACACCGCCCAGGAGAGCGCCGACUGGCUGAGGGCCGUGUCUGCCAACAUCAGCGACCUGACGCUGCAAAAUAUGAAAAUGGCAAAUAAAUGCUGUUCUCCUUGUGACCAGGUGAGCACAUUAGACUGGGUCCGAGCGGAAAAAACCUAUAACCUCUGUGAGGUACUAUUUAAAGUUCACAAGUUCUGGCUUCCGGAUGACUGCUGGGCCCAAGCCAGCCUCUGUCUGGGUCUCCAGGACCCCAACCGCAGGGACCACAGGCCCUUCUGCUUCAGCGUCCUCGUCGGCCACGGCAGGAGCCACGUGUUCAGUGUGGAGCUGGGGAGCGAGCUGGCUGCGUGGGAGCUGUCCUUCCAGAGGGCCACCUUCCUGGACGUGCAGAGGACGGGGUCCAAAACGUACGUGUGCAGUUGGCAAGGAGACACUCUGUGCUUCACAGUGGAUUUCGCUCUGGGAUUCACCUGCUUUGACAGCAAAACAAAGAAUGUGCUCUGGAGAUUUAAAUUCUCUCAGCUGAAAGGAUCUUCAGAUGAUGGGAAAGCUCGUGUGAAGCUGCUGUUUCAGAAUCUGGACACCAAGCAGAUUGAGAUGAAGUUUCCAAGGAAAAAAUUGUUCCAAUUAUCGUGAAAAUCCCUGACGACUACAGACCUCUGCACACGGAGGUUUCUGGCGAGCCCAGUUGAGAAUCCACGGGGCAGACGUUGGUCCUUGAAGGCAGCACACUGUGUGAUGAAGAAGAAUUAUGUCUUCAGGAGGAACAGAGGCGGGUGUUUUUCACUCUGUGAUGACCCGGGAGGAUGAACUCCACUGGAAACUAUUCCUCGGCGUCAUGAGUCGCGCAGACGGUCAGACGUGGACGGCGGGGGCUGAGCAGGGGUACAUCACGCCGCUGCCGGCUUCAGCGAGUAACCGUGGCGGCGUCGGAUUGUGGAGAGACGGUGGAGGGAGACAAGGCCAGGUUCCUCCUGAAGAUGGAGUGAAGCGGGGCCUCGACAGAACAGGAGACACGCGAGUGCAGCCCCUUCCAAAUAUGGGUCUGAAAUUGU